UUUAAACAAAAAUGCAAACUCAGCACAAAAAAAGUGAACUUCAAAUUAAAACAGAUCGCUGGUGAGGGGUGGAAGCAUCUGGAGAGCAUUUACUGAAAAGGAAAACAGCCAGCUCAGUGCUGGACCCAAGCAGAAGCCAUGUGAAUUUGAUACUCCCAGCUCAUGAAGCACUUGCAGGAUCCUAAGGAAAGGAGGUCUGGAGAUUCCUGGAGAGGACGGGCUCAUGGAUGGCUGCUUUGUCCUGCACGCUGCACUUUAAGACAUGGCCCUGAAAUUAUGGCUGAGGAUGCGAUUGAAGAGAAGUCCGGUUCUUGGGUUUUGCUUCCUGUGUACUUUGACUGUGGUAUUAAUUAAUAGCUUUCCUGCGCUCCCUACAGACAGCAAUGGAAAGACUGAAUUUAUUCACCUCAUUCAACACAGGAAAGCUGUCCGACACAAACGGUUGUGGACCAGCACCACAGACUCCGGCCCUAAGCUGAUUCAAAUCCCUGACCACAGGAGAUGGGAAUCAGGCCUAGAAAUUCCCAAGCAUGGAACACAGCCUUUCAUUAACACUAGCCAUGAUUACAAGGAGCAAAUUAACUUAGGUCAGGUUAGCAAGCACUCUCUAUGGAAAAAUAAACACAAAGAAACCAAAGAGACGAGAGCAUUGACCAAAAAUGACCAAACUGUGGAAAACACCACAUAUAUGAAACCAAACAAUGUUUUUCUUUUAACCCCAAUAAAGAAAGUGGGACAUGUGCUCUCAGAAAGUCAUGUAGCUAUUCUUGCAGGUAAGAAUGUGAAAAAAAAAGAAUUGAUUCUUCUUAAACCUGCUGUGAUGAAAAAUGACUCCAUGCACAAAGGAAAUUCUAAAAUGCUCUUCAAAUCUAGGAACAACUCAAGUUUCCUGACUGAUUUUCUUCACCAGGAGCUAGCUGAACGCACUGUUCUUUCAGAAAUGUUUUCUGUUCUGGCAUGGGCAGAUGGGAAACAGUCUAUGAUUAACAGGAAGACUGCAGGAGAUAACCAAAUACCUACUGUCCAUGAAAUGGUAGCUAAAAAUAAAAAACAAUCAGGUUUAGAAUGCUUAAAAUUUCACCACCUGGAAACUCAGCAAGUGAAAAGUGGAGAGCUUCCGGAAUCUGAAACACCCUGGUUUACCUCAGAUGAUGUACAGAAGAUGGCAUUUUUGUCGCAGGCACGGGUAGUUUCAAAGUCUAGAAUUCCUGCUCAUGGACAGGUCCUCAGAGUUGCAUUGUGCCAGAACCCACUGCUUAACAGUUGUUACCAGGAGAAACAUUGUAAGCAAGGCUUCUGUGGAUUGAUAAAGCGUCCCAAUGAUUUAUAUGAGGUUCUUGCAUUUCAUCUUGACAGGAUCCUAGGUCUGAACAGAAGUCUUCCAGCUGUAGCCCGCAAAUUUACUAGUGACAUAUUGCCUUACAAGUAUACCAAUGGUGCUGCAAGACCAAUAAUAUGGUGGGCCCCUGACAUUGAGCACUUAGACGACUCCAAUAAUGAUCAGAACUCCCAUGCAGUAGGGUGGUUGGACUAUCAGCAUGUGCUGAAACACAGGUGUGGCAUGGAGAACUCUGAUGGACAUAUUACUGAUCCUCCAUGUUUUGGCAUUGAGCAUACAGAAUGGGCAAAGCUGGCUCUUUUUGACUUUCUCCUGCAGGUUCAGGAUCGCCUCGACCGCUACUGCUGUGGGUUUAACCCCGAUCCCUCAGAGCCUUGUGUAGAAGAGCUGCUGCAUGACAAAUGUCGGAACCCAAAGGAACUUGUCCUGGUGCACAUCCUAGUGCGUAAAAGUAACCCAUCACGGCUAGUAUACAUUGACAAUUCUGGGCGACCUGAACACCCUGAAAACAAUCUGAACUUCAGACUUCUGGAAGGCAUAGAUGGGUUUCCCGGAUUGGCGGUUCGAAUACUUAAGUCAGGAUGUUUGGAGAACAUGCUGCUGAAGUCAUUGCAGAUGGAUCAUGUAUUCUGGGAAAGCCAAGGAGGUUUAGAAGGGGUGAAGAAACUGGUUGAAACCAUAAACCGAAGAGGAAAAAUCCUUGCUAAAUACAUAGAAGACCACAAUUUACCCCUUUUUUAAUUCUUUUUAACAAUUCAAUUGUCAGCAUAAGGUAGAAAUGCAUAGGUUCAGAACUCUGGAAAGAGUUUCUGAGAAUGAAUCACUUACU